GUGUACACAUGCAUCCAUCUCAUUCAUACAAUUCUCAAAAAUGUUAAUUUGUCAGAAUAUUUUGGUGAAGAAAUUCUUGCAUUUUUCGCAGGUUUAUCUUGUAUCCUCUCGUUCAUCCCUUUUGUCGAGGUCUUCUUCUUCUUUUGCAAUUUCACCGGCACGACUUUUGCUAUCUCACUCACACCGUGGUUGCUUUGAUCCGUCGAUUCGACUUCCGGACGUCGUUAGUGUUCCGUCAGUCGUCGAAGUGAGCGGUGGGAUUUUUCGCGGUGUCCGGCAGAGUGUGUCCAGAGUCUCAUUUUCGCGUCGACAAUUUACGUGCAGUUGCAGCCCCAAGAGUGCAAAUCACGUGCCAACAAUGUCAAGGAGUAAGGAAUUUAAGCGACUGCCCACCCAUGUGGUGCCCAUCCACUACGAUUUGGAGCUGAAGCCGGAUUUGGAAAAGUUCGUCUUUACGGGCAAGACAAAUGUCAAAAUUCAGGUGAAACAGUCGACGGACAAAAUUGUGCUAAAUGCUCUGGAUGUGGCAAUAAAAAAGGCCACAGUCCAAGUUAAUGGAGGCCCUGUUAAAACAGCCAAAGAUAUCACAUUCUCCGUGGAUCAGGAGACUGCUACACUUCUAUUUGACUCACCACUUCCCCUUGGUGAUGGUCUGCUCUAUAUGGAAUUCUCUGGAGAGCUCAAUGAUAAAAUGAAGGGUUUCUACCGUAGCAAGUAUUUUACUCCGAGUGGAAAGGAACGCUACGCUGGAGUUACGCAGUUUGAAGCAACAGACGCUCGCAGAUGUUGGCCGUGCUGGGAUGAACCUGCCAUCAAAGCCACUUUUGAUAUCACCCUCAAUGUACCAGCAGACAGAGUAGCUUUGUCCAAUAUGCCAGUCAUUAGUGAGAAGAUCCAGGAAGAUGGAUGGAAAACUGUCAAAUAUCAAACGUCACCCAUCAUGUCCACAUAUUUAGUAGCCGUUGUAGUGGGUGAGUUUGAUUUUGUAGAGGGUACCAGUGAAGAUGGUGUCCUUGUGCGUGUCUAUACUCCAGUGGGCAAGAAGGAACAGGGUCUAUUUGCCCUGGAAGUAGCCACCAAAGUUUUACCAUACUACAAAGACUACUUCCAAAUAGCUUAUCCCCUUCCAAAGAUGGAUCUUAUUGCCAUAUCGGAUUUCUCAGCUGGAGCCAUGGAGAACUUUGGUCUGGUAACAUACCGUGAGACCUUUGUUCUUGUGGAUCCCCAAAAUACUUCCCUUAUUCGCAAACAAUCCAUUGCCCUAACUGUGGGACAUGAAAUAGCCCAUCAGUGGUUUGGGAAUCUCGUAACAAUGGAUUGGUGGACAUAUUUGUGGCUCAAUGAGGGAUAUGCUUCCUUUGUGGAGUUCCUAUGUGUCGAUCAUAUCUUUCCAAAGUAUGACAUUUGGACACAAUUUGUCACUGAUAUGUAUACGAGAGCUCUGGAAUUGGAUUGUCUCAAGAAUUCCCAUCCAAUUGAGGUGACUGUAGGACAUCCCUCAGAGAUUGAUGAGAUUUUCGAUGAGAUCAGUUACAACAAAGGAGCUAGUGUUAUUCGUAUGUUGCAUCACUACAUUGGAGACGAUGACUUUAGGCGUGGGAUGAAUAUCUACCUCACGAGACAUCAGUAUAAAAACACACGAUCAGAGGAUUUAUGGAUGGCUCUUGAAGAGGCAAGUAAAAAGCCCGUGGGCGCUGUAAUGUCCACGUGGGUGAAGCAAAUGGGAUUUCCAGUGGUAAGUGUAAAGUCUCGUCAGGAAGGUACUAAGCGCAUCUUGACGCUGCGUCAAGAGAAAUUCACAGCUGAUGGAAAGAAGGCUGAUGGUGGCAUCCUCUGGAUGAUCCCAAUAAUGGUCUCAUGUGCCAAGAGGCCUCAUCAUGUGGCAGAGAGUUUUGUGUUGGAUAAGUCUGAGACAGAAGUCACGUUGGAGGAUGUAGAUGCCAAAGAUUGGGUUAAGGUUAAUCCUGGUACAAUUGGAUACUAUCGCACAAAGUACCCACCUGAGAUGCUGGAAGCCUUUAUUCCAUCCAUUAAGAGUAUGACACUGCCACCGUUGGAUCGACUGGGACUCUUGGAUGACCUAUUUGCCAUGGUACAGGCGGGGCAUACACCAACAGCAGAGGCUCUGAAAUUGAUGGAUGCUUAUCGGAAUGAAGACAACUACACCGUGUGGUCGUGUAUUUCAAACUGUUUGGCCAAAUUGCAAUUAUUGCUAUCGCAUACAGAUCUCGAUGAGAUGUUCAAUGCUUAUGGGGUGAGAUUAUACCAACCGGUGGCUGAUAAACUUGGCUGGGAUGCAAAACCCGGUGAAAGUCACUUGGAUACUUUACUCAGGAGUUUAGUACUCAAUCGUUUAGUGGCAUUUAACUGUCCAAGUGUCAUGGAAGAGGCUAAGAAGCGCUUCCAACUUCAUACAAGUGGCCAAUGUGUUCUCCCAGCUGAUCUCAGGAGUGCGUGCUACAGGGCUGUUCUUCAGGAUGGUGAUGCCAGUACCUAUGAGGAAAUGCUCAAAUUGUACCGUGCAACAGAUCUGCAUGAGGAAAAGGACCGAAUUUCUCGGGCUUUAGGUGUGGUUAAGGAUGUUGACAUCUUGCGGCAAGUAGUGCAGUUUGCCAUGUCGGAUGAAGUGAGGGCCCAGGACUCGAUCUUUGUGAUUGUGGCUGUGGCAAUGAAUCCCAAAGGUCGUGAGAUGACAUGGAGUUUCUUCCGUGAAAACUGGAGGGUGCUGUUGGAUCAGUAUGAGGGGGGCUUUCUGCUGUCGCGCCUCGUGAAGUAUCUCACGGAGAACUUUGCGACGGAGGAAAAGGCCAAAGAGGUUGAGGCAUUUUUCAAGGAACACCAAUUUCCGGGUACUGAAAGGACUGUGUCACAGUCUGUGGAAACUAUUAGGCUCAAUGCCGCAUGGUUGCAGAGGGAUCUGGCAACAACAACGGAAUUCCUCAAGAAAUACUAGGAAAUCGUAUAUAUUAGCAUUUUGAGAAGAAAAUUUAACCACAUUUUAAUACUCCCGGUCUUUGGGAAACCAAUUUUUUAAUUAUAUUUUUGCAAUACGUAAAACCACAGAAUUGAAACCAUUUUUUUUUGUUUGUUAAUUUCUUAAAGAGUAGUUAGUACUGCACCCUUUCCCCCCGUUUGCUAUUAUAGGAAAGUACAAAAUAUAGAGUUGCCAUAAUUGUUGCUUUUUUUUGUGAAGAUUUUUUUUUCUAAUGAGAGUGCUUUAAAAAUUCUUUCAUAGAUGUGAACCAGUUUAAAUGUAUUCAAUUGGGGAAUAAAUGUGUAUUUUCUCAAAAUUGGGAUAAUAUAAA